CUCGAAUCGGCGAUUCCUUUCCAUGAGAAAAAAAUGGCUCGAGAGUUCAAUCAACGAUUUUUACCAUCGUUCUGUUCCGCAAUGGUUGAUCGGAACGCGAAUAAAUCCAGGGAAAAGAUGAUUAGCGACUCUUUUGUGACAUAUUUUCCCAUUUUGAUCGAAAAAAUUCGUUUAAUAUAAUCGCUGGAUAAUGUAUUGCAACAUGGGAAUCGUAAAAGUUCUCAUAUUCGGCCAAUUUUUCGACCCGCGAAAUUUUCGAGGGUGGCAUCUCUCUUGGUAUCAGAAAUUGAGAAAAAAUUGCUUUUCUACUUGGAGGCGAAACUGUGACGCUACGCUAUCCAUUUUCUCAUCGCUAUAUGUUUCGAAGAUCGAAUUAUGCGGCGGAUGACUCAGGGGUUGCGCGUCGAGGAUUAUAUUGAAAAGAAAAUGUGUCGUAAUAAUUUGGGAUGACGCAAGAACGGCUUCAUUAGAAUCUCGCGAAGGGGAGAGAGAGGGAAGGAGAAAAAUCAGUAGGAGUGUAACGAUCGGAUUAUUCGUUCGUGAGUGCAAUACUGCAUUCAACCGGCAAUUUGGAAGGAGAUGCGGGAAAUACAGCAACCGGCGUGUUUCCACACGAGGAAAGCGCUGUCAGAGGAGUUGAUAGAAGAAAAAAACUCAAAGAUCGUACGUCAUAAUCUCGAUUUCAAGGAAGAGUACGCAACGAUCGUAACGAGGAUAGUGGGUGAAUAAUUAAUCAUCCCCCGAUUCUUCGGGUUUAAUUAACUCGACACAGUUGUGCAUCGACGACCUGUGACGAAAUUUUACAUCACAAUGUUAGAAAUUAAAUCAGGUGCUGCGCCAAAAUACUACCUCUGCUACAUGUACAAAACUAUUGAAGAAUUGAUCGUAUUAGGACUACAAUGAAAAUAUAGAUGCAUUAUAUUAUAUUAUGAAAGAAUAUAUAUGUAUAUAUAUAUAUACAUUCAUUCACAAGUGUAUAUAGAAAGAAUAUAUUCUGAUGAAUAAGCGUUUACACAUACAGUAUUGAUAUAACGUUCUGUAUCAGAAAAGGCUCUUCCUUGUACUACGAGGUUGCUCUUAAUCGAUUAACCGCAAUUAAUUGUUAUGGAAGUUUAGGAAAAGAGAAGAUACGACGAUGAUUUAUGCCUACUAAUUUUUUGACGGACGAGAAUAAUAGAAGGAUAAUAAAGCAGAUAGCUGUUGCAUACACGUGCAACGCAAGGCUCAAGCAGAAUAGAUUUAAGUUAGCUAGAAACGAAAAAAAAAACAAUGAGUAUACCGUACGAUGAGAGCUUAAUCUGGAUAGUGGUGGCCGGUUUUAUAGUAGCGUUUAUCCUGGCGUUUGGCAUUGGCGCCAACGAUGUCGCCAAUAGCUUCGGAACGAGCGUCGGUGCCGGGGUUCUCACGAUAUUCCAAGCUUGCGUUUUGGCGACCUUCUUCGAGAUCGCCGGCGCUGUACUGAUAGGAUAUAAGGUUUCUGAUACAAUGCGAAAGGGUAUACUGGACGUCUCAUUGUACGAGGGUCACGAGAAGGAAUUGAUGCUAGGAGCGUUGUCCAGUCUAGCCGGCUCUGGUAUCUGGCUACUGCUGGCAACCGCGUUACGACUUCCAAUUUCCGGUACGCAUUCCAUUGUUGGUGCUACAGUCGGAUUUUCUCUUGUGUGCAGAGGUACUGCCGGGGUAAAAUGGAUGGCGCUCGUUAAUAUAGCUGCGUCCUGGUUUGCUAGUCCCAUACUCAGCGGAAUCGUGUCCUUCAGUAUCUUCUGGAUCCUGAGAAAAUACGUACUCCACUCUCAUGAGCCGUUUGAGCAAGGUCUUUAUGUUCUCCCCGUGGUAUACGGUCUGACCGUUGCCAUCAAUAUUAUGUCAAUUGCACUCGACGGACCUAAACUAUUAAUGUUGGAUCGAAUGCCGUGGUGGGGUAGCUUGAUAGCUGCGUUGCUACUAGGCAAAUUUGUUGCGAUAAUUGUAUACGUAUUCGUGGUACCGUGGCAAAGAGGGAGGAUACUACUGACAAACGGUAACAACGAGGAGACAACGACGACCUUUGGCGCCUGUCAAGACAAGAAGGAAACGACGGCACUGUCGGUGAUCUCCGAAGCACCUUGCGGUGACAGUAGCAAUGGUAACGCGACUUUGGCGGUAACGCCGCAAUUGCGCGGCAAUAGCAGCGAAAGCCCGUUGCUGAUGGUCUCUCAGGUGGAGGCGGAGGAAAACGCGCAGGCAAACGGUAUGGACGAGGAACAGCCGGAGGUUUCGCGGUUGUUUGCCUUUCUUCAGGUACUCACCGCGGCGUUCGGCAGCUUUGCCCACGGCGGCAAUGACGUCAGCAACGCGAUCGGUCCGCUUAUCGCGCUCUGGGCGGUAUAUGCGGAAGGCUCGGCCAAGCAGGAGGCUGAAACGUCCAUGCUUAUACUCUUGUACGGCGGCCUAGGUAUUUCCACGGGACUAUGGGUGUGGGGGCGCAGAGUGAUACGGACCUUGGGCCAGGAUUUGGCGCGUAUCACCCCGAUGACUGGAUUUACCAUAGAGGUGGGCGCCGCGAUGACGGUCCUUAUGGCAAGUAAGAUCGGUCUACCCGUAUCAACGACGCAUUGCAAAGUCGGAUCGGUGGUAUGCGUGGGAUGGGCCUCUCGGGGCGGCGAGGGAGUCUCGUGGAAGCUGUUUCGCAAUAUCGCGUUUGCGUGGCUGAUCACCGUGCCGAUGGCCGGCUGCCUGUCCGCCGGCUGCAUGGCCAUCUUCCGCGAAGUAAUUAGUUUGUGAUCGUCGCGCGGCCGAGCAGACGCGGCUUUAGACGCAGAAAAUCGCCAUCCAAAUACCGCACUCCUCUGUUGUCAAUAAAAAGCUCUUCAACAAAUAAAUAUGGUCGAACAGAAACUCCAUAA